AUGAAGGACUUGGACGCCAUCAAGCUCUUCGUGGGCCAGAUCCCGCGCAACCUGGAGGAGAAGGACCUGAAGCCGCUCUUCGAGCAGUUCGGCCAGAUCUACGAGCUCACGGUGCUCAAGGACCGCUACACCGGCAUGCACAAGGGUUGUGCUUUCCUGACUUACUGUGCCCGAGAUUCUGCCAUCAAAGCUCAGAUGGCUCUGCACGAGCAGAAAACACUUCCGGGGAUGGCGCGUCCAAUCCAGGUGAAGCCUGCAGACAGUGAAAGCCGCGGAGGUAGGGACAGGAAGCUCUUUGUGGGAAUGCUGAGUAAACAGCAGUCUGAAGAAGAUAUACUCCGACUCUUUGAGCCAUUCGGUGCCAUUGAUGAAUGCACGGUACUCCGAGGACCUGAGGGCAACAGUAAAGGCUGUGCCUUUGUGAAGUUCUCUUCUCACGCCGAGGCCCAGGCAGCUAUCCACGCCCUCCACGGCAGCCAGACGAUGCCUGGUGCCUCCUCCAGCCUCGUGGUGAAAUUUGCUGACACGGACAAAGAGCGGACGCUGCGCCGUAUGCAACAGAUGAUGGGGCAGCUGGGAAUCCUGACCCCGUCCUUAACUUUGCCUUUCAGCCCCUACAGCGCUUAUGCUCAGGCCCAGCAGCAGCAGCAGACAGUCCUGACGGCGUGUAAUGGCAGCUUUGUCAGCCCGAGCCUCAGUUUUUCCCCGUGCCACAUCCAACAAAUCGGCGCUCUCAGCUUGAACAGCCUGCCUACCACUCCGAUUACACAGACCUCAGGGUUGCAUUCACCACCUGUCCUGGGCACAGCUGCCAUCCCGGGGCUGGUUACACCCGUGGGCAACCAUUUUGCGGGAGUGGUUCCCAUCCCUAGCAGCCACCCCACUUUGGAGCCCGUCUAUACGAGCAACCUUGUGCCCUGUGCAACUCAGAACCCAUCAGUAGCAGAGACUUUGCACCCAGCCUUCAGUGGAGUCCAGCAAUAUGCAGCUGUUUAUCCAGCCACAACCAUCACCCCAGUAGCUCAGGCAAUUCUUCAGCCCCUGCCAGUAAUUCAGCAGCAGCGAGAGGGCCCAGAAGGAUGCAAUCUUUUUAUCUACCAUCUUCCUCAAGAGUUUGGCGACAACGAGCUGAUGCAAAUGUUCCUUCCAUACGGGAAUAUCAUCUCCUCCAAAGUGUUCAUGGACCGGGCUACGAACCAGAGCAAAUGUUUUGGUUUUGUGAGUUUUGACAACCCUUCUAGUGCCCAAGCAGCCAUCCAGGCUAUGAACGGAUUCCAGAUUGGCAUGAAAAGGCUGAAGGUGCAGUUGAAGCGACCAAAGGAUUCGAGCAACCCCUACUGA